UGCUAGGGGCAACCCAAACGUUCUAACUGAAAACUUUCUGGUUUUUAACUUGUAAAAGCUGAUUUUCGGCGCUGUCUGCCUAGUUUUAAACCACCACUUUUUGAGAAAUGCCACCGGGAGGGGCUAAAAAAGCCCCUGCCAAGAAAGGCAACAAUGCUGCCGCCCAGCCUAUCAACAAGAACUGGGAGGCUGGUCUAGCGAAAGCGCAGUUCGCUGAGGACUCGUGGCAGGCCUGUGUGUCCUCGGUGGUUGGAGGUAGCCUAGAAGAGGAGGAGGAAGUCGUCCAGCCUCUGGUUUUGGCUCUUCAGCAACCCCAGCGGAAACUUUUCUCCCUCAUAACUUGGGACAGCACGCUUGCAAAGAUCCAUGAGCUGGGGAAUCCCAAAACAGAGAAGUCAGAUGAUCUUCCCAUGUUUUAUGAGGUUACUCAGCCUGCGAAGGUGCUGCUGGAUGCCGGAGAGGAGAUACCCUGCGACCUGCUGGCAAAGCUACUCAAAUUCCAGCUGCUGCUGAUCAAAACCCGCGAUCAGCAAAGAAGGGAAGCUGAGCGGCUGGAAAGCGAGGAACCAAAGCAACAGGUCCUCCCUCAGUCUCCCAGCAAAGCCAAGAUCUCUGACAAAAAGGGAAAGGCUCCUCCUCCUGCUCUGGAAUCCCCCAAGGAGAAGAAAACCAAGCUCAAACGCAGGGAUGAUGUUGACCCGCCUACAUAUAUAGAUGACGAGCCGGACUGUGGUCCCCAACACUAUAUCCUGUUAGUGGGCUUCCACCAGCCACAACUGAUCGGGGCGCUGGAUGCCAUUGAUGUGCACGUCGCAAACGUCGUCAAGUUGUGCUCCGAGCGCAAAGAAGGCUCAUCCAAAAAGCAAGAGGAGAGCAGCAAGGAGGAGGCCGAGCAGGAGGUUCCUACAAAUGCCAGAAAGCUCGACCUGUUCUGGUCUCAGCUGAGGUCGGUUUUAGAGAGCGGACCGGCAGGCUCUAAACUCCACGAUGUGAUUCAGCUGAACUACACUGUCCCAGAUCUCACACUGGCCUGCCAGACACAGGACCCCGACGCUGUGCUGCAGCUGGGAAGCCAGAUCUUUGACGGUGUUGCCAAACGCAUCUAUGACUCCCUGGAUUGGCCCCGUCAGUAUCAGCACUACCGAGACAAUGUCAGGCUCAUCAGCAUACCCACACCUGUCGCUCUGGAUUCACAGCCUGCAGAGGUUGUGCCCACUGUUAACCCCACCCCACGCUCUAAAAAGAAGUCAGUCAGAGAUCAGUCCCCAAGUCAAGAGACUAAGCUGCCUCCUCUGUCUGUGAACGUGGACAUGUGUUACUAUAACAGUCUGUUGGACCUGGUUCCCCCUGAGGCCUGUUCUGUGCCCCUGGUCCUGGACUGUUUACUGGAGCAGGUGGUGAUUUCCACAGAGCAGCCUCUGCGCGGCGUGCCUCCCGUGCCUGAGGAGCAGAAAGCUGACGGCGGUCGCUGGUUAGACUGUGAUCUGGUCAGCUACAUGCUCCAAAGCUGGCUGCCUCUCCUCAACACAGAAGAAGAGAGACGGCGUCUGCUAAAUGAAUCUCUCAGAAUUGUGCAGAAGGAAGAGGACAGGAGGAGGCUGUUGGAGAGGUUUGGAACAGAGCAUGCUCAGACGAAGCCUGGCCAGUCUCUGUUAAUCAGACACCACGACGAGCGGGCGCUGCGACUGCAGAGCGUCAACGUGGUUAAUGGCUUUAAUCCAGCUGAGGUGGAGUCGGCCAUGAUGAGGAGUUGUCCGGUCUGGGAGCUCAUUGAGUCUGCAGCUAAACCGAGAAGCAGCGCCGCCUGCUGGAAGGCAGUGAAACAACAGCUGCAGCACUACUGCACAGACGAAAGCAUGUGCUGGCCCGAGGUGGAGCGCCUGCUUCAUCAGAGCGUGUUUGAGGCUAUGGCACUGAGCGCGGUGGAUCAGCAGGGCGUUUUACUGAAUGGUGCUGAGUUAGAGCCCGCACAGCAGCCGAAGCAGAGAAUCAUCCCCUGGGACAAUCCUUUGUUAUAUGCUAAACAGCAGCUUCAAACUCCGCACAAUAAAGGUCCAACGUUUCUGACUGAGGACCCUGGUAACACAGAGCAGCUGAGUGGGAACCUCUGUAGCCAGCUGGAUUUAUCUGAAAUGCAGAAUUGUAGACUGAGAUCUCUGUUUGACUGGCACUACACAGAACAUCACGAUGCAGCUGUUUUUCCACAGGUUCUCAAAGUAGCCUCAGAGGAGUAUAGUUGCUUGGACGUCCUUAGAGGAAGUCAUGAGGACAUCUUGUAUGUUUUUUGCCACAAUCCUAUGAAUCGUCAGCGCCAGUCCAAGCGGUUCUGGGAUGUGGCGCUCCACACCGAUGUCAAGUUCAGACAAUAUGUGGAGCACGUGGCGGAUAAAAUCUCAAACUGGACUAAAGAGGAAGAGUUGAAGCGGAAGGAAAAGCAGAUCAGAACCCCGAGCCCUGCUGAGACUCCAGCAGAUGAAAAUCCUGUUUGCGCCGUAGUGGAGGAAGCAGCUCUGGAACCAGUCAUCAGAAAAGAUUCCCUCAAAGCCUGGAAAUUAGAGCAGGAGCGGCUGAAGAAAGAGGAGCCCACUGACAAAUCAAAGAAGGCGCCCAAAGGCAAGCAGCAGAAAGUGGAGGAGCAGGCGUCGGAGAAGAAAAGUAAACCUCUGUCUGGUGACAAGAGGAGCACAGCAAGCAAAGGAGGUGGCCCAGCCAAGACCCCCACAGUUCCUGAUGUUACCACAGCACCUGCCGAGGAUGAAGGGAGGGACCUUCGUCUGACAGAGGAGCCUGACAAUAGAUUCAUCGGCUACACGAUGAACGGACAGUUGAUCCAUGCGUCGGGACGUGUCCAGGAUAUCUACCCCUCAGAUGGAGGACAUAUCACCGUGGAGAGCGUGAGCUUUGUAGAAGGUUCUACCCUGAUGAAAGUAGCAGUGAAGAAAGAUGGACACCAUUUCCACACACACAUCAACCAUCUUGUUCCCGAUCCCCCCAGGCCUCCUAAUCCACCACCAGACAAGAUGGACCCAAAGGAGGGAAGCAGAGAGCCAGAAGCAGUGUCGAUGAAAGCAAUACAGCAGGGAUCCUUCUCAGCCGUGCUUAGCAAUCAAAUCCACCUCUCAUACAGUUUCUACGGUCCAACAGGGGAAUGCAAAGGUGGACAAGACAAUUUUUUUUGUGUUUUAGUGAGUUUUGAGGAGGCAAAAGAGGAAAUGCCAAAGGCGUCCACCCAGGAACCCAUCCCGUUCUCCUCCAGCUCGGAGUCAGAGAGCCAAACUCAGUCCAGUCAGGGGUUCAAAGGCCAGUCAGCUCAGCCGCCGCAUCCUUUCAACGGUCUCAGUCUGUCCGUUCCCAACGGCCUGCUGCUGCAGUUUCUGCGUGAGGAGACACAAGGAGAGUCACCAGAGGAGAGUAUUUUGGUGCGGCAGAGCUUUGCUCUCCAUGGUGAAAGACCUGAGAGGCAUGUUCAGGACAUAUCCCUAUCUAAGGAACUGUAUCGUAUUAUUACCAGCCAGGGAGCCGUGAUUCGAUACAUGAAAGAUGGAUCCACAGAGGUGCUGUUUGCAGACGGAGCUGUCAGUUUCAGCCCAGAUCCAGGUCCAGUCUGGGUGCCUGAUGCUACAGCUGAUGGUGGGAAAAAAGGUCCGACCUCAGAGAAGGGCGCCGAGCCUCAGAGAGGAUUCUGGCAGACGACCAGCCCAUCUGGAGAUCGCAUUUGCACCAUUGGAACAAAACACAAAGAUCCACCCUCCCCCUCCGUUUGCACCUUUAAGGCUACGGACCCCGUCACCAACCAGAUGGGUAAUUUUUCCUGCUUGGUGUUGUAUUUCAGACAGGAGAUCCGUGAGGAGAAGGCUUGCAGAGAGGCUCUGAGGAAGAAGAUUAUCGUUCCCUAUUUCCAUCUAGAAAACCGUCCAUUAUACCAAAGUCUGCUACAGGGCCAAGCGGCCAACGCGAGGAGUCGAUCACAGGAUCUACCCCCCAUCACCAAGUCGGACAGUGCCUGGGCAGCACAUGAAAGCACUCCACAAACUUUAACCCCAAUGCCGUCUCAGUCAGAAAGUCGGGCUGCAGGAGGUGAGCGGAUGCCUGAAAGGAGAGACACGAACCUCACAACUCACCCUGAUGGUGAAAGCAGUCUGAGGAGCGCCUCCAGGCAGGAUAAGUCAGUCCAGGUGGAUAUGACAGGAAAACCCAGUAGGAUCAAGCUCCUGACCGUGGGAGGACCUGUGAGCAGGAGGUGUGGAACUGCUUCCCUGGCUGAUCCCAGCGCAGUGUUGAGGGGCUUCCAGCUUAUUCCACCGAGUGUUGACUUUGGCACGCAGCGGGAGGGCAGCUACUCAACCGUCACUGUGUUAAUGAGGAAUCUGGGAUUCAGCCCCAGCAGGUUCAGUGUGAAACAGCCUCCUCCAGCCACAGGCCUCAGAGUCAUCUACAACCAAAGGCUGGUGGCCGCAGGUCUGCAGGUGGAACUGCAGGUUCAGCUGUUUGCCAUGUGUGACCAAACCGAGUCCAAGAAGUACGUCUUCCAGGACAUAGCCGUCCACACUGAGACUGACAUUCUCUACCUGCCUGUCACUGCUAUCAUCCUUGCUGACGGAUUUUAUGUGGAGAAGUCCAUGAGGGCCUGCAAAAAGGGAGUGUCAGGAAAUCACAUGGACAAGCCUUCAACUCCCUGAUCUCAGUUACACACAGGCCACAAGAACAGGAUGUAUUCUCCAGUCUUCCACCACUUUUCUAAUUAUUUGGAGCUGAUUUGAGUCUGAAUUGAGUUUUGAAAAUAUAAUCCUGAUUAACAAGAA